AUGUACCAGGAGGACCUGGAAUACACAAAUAUGUCCAGGAACACCAAAAACUCACAGAUGAACAGGAAUACGUGCAACGAUUUAACACUGAAUACUGGAUAUGACAUUAUCCUCCAGAGAUUACUGAAUGGGCGGAAGAUGUGUAAGGAUGUGGAGGAUCUACUAAAGCAGAGGGCCAUUGCUGAAGAGAAAUACGGAAAGGAGUUAGUUCAAAUUGCAAGAAAGGCUGGAGGACAAACUGAAAUAAACAAACUGCGAGGAUCAUUUGAGGCAUUAAAACAGCAAAUUGAGAAUAUUGGUAACUCUCACAUUCAACUAGCAGCAACUGUGAGGGAAGAACUGCGGAGUUUGGAAGACUUCAGAGAGAGACAAAAGGAACUGAGGAAAAAGUAUGAGAAUGCCAUGGAGCGCCUACAGAAGAAUAAAGUGUCCUUUUACAGGAAGACAAUGGAUUCAAAGAAAAACUAUGAACAAAAAUGUAGAGAAGCAGAAGAAGCAGAACAGAACUUUGAGCGUCUGACCAUAUCAGGAAAUCCCAAACAAGUAGAGAAGAGCCAGAACAAACUGAAACAUUGUAAGGAUGCAGCUACUGAGGCAGACCAGCUGUAUAAGAAUAACAUUACUCUACUGGACAAAGCCCGCAUUGAAUGGGAGGCAGAGCAUACAAGCACUUGCGAGGCAUUUGAACAACAAGAGAACGAUAGAAUCAGCAUACUGCGCAAUUCUUUCUGGGUUCACACCAAUCAGUUUUCCAUGCAGUGCAUAAAGGAUGAUGAGAUGCUGGAGAUUGUCAGGCAGAACCUGGAGGAGUGUGAUGUGCAAAAAGAAAUUAAUCACUUCAUUCAGGACAAGACCAUUGGACGGAUCCCACCAGGUCCCGUCCUGUAUGAGAACUAUACUAAUGGAUUCAUUCCAGGGAGCAGUAAUGGAUUAAGCACGCCAGGUGGCAGCAAUAAAAUGAUAAAAAGAAUUUCUAAUCUGCUGCAUGGUUGUGGUGGAAGUGUUAAGAACUUGGCAGAACUGAGCAAUCAACCAACAGGGACUGGAGAUUCAGAGUAUGCAAGUAUUCCCAUAGUUCCAAGAAGAGUUUCUUAUGAUUUGGAUACAGAAAGCCAAGAACAUACAGUGCUGUACAAUUACACUGCCCAGAAUACGGAUGAGCUGGAUAUCAGUGCUGGAGAUGUGGUACAUGUGUUGGAGGAGGGAGAAGAUGGCUGGUGGACUGUGGAGAGGAAUGGUCGCUCUGGAUUGGUACCUGGAUCCUACAUUAAAAAAGGAGACUAAUGUACUGGACAAAUUGGAUGGCAUACCAUGUGACAACAAACUGGAUAGACACAGGAUG